AUGGCCAAAAUAUGCGUGCUGGCUGGGAAUUCCGAUAUGUAUAGAUUAGGAAUCAGAGCUGGAUACUACCUUCAGUGGUAUGGCCUCCUCAUUGCACCAUGGCUGUGUCCGAAAGAAGUCCCCACCUUGCGCCUGGCGAAUACCUUCUUCGUCGCGUCAAGUUUCCUUGCGCUCCUAACUCAAGUCCCCAAAGCCGGAAACUUAGACGUUGUCGAAAUCUACAUCACCCUUCUCCUCACCUUCGGUUCUUCUCUUUACCUUCUCCCCGUCCUUUUAUGGCGGAUUGCAACUCGUUGCUCAAUCUGGUUUUGGGUAAAGAGGGUACCGUCACUUAAAGCGAGGGAUUGCGUGCAAUACGGUUUCUUGUUCAAAAGGGUGCUGCUCAAUGGCUAGGUGCUUCGUAUCCUGAACUUGGUACUGAGUGCACUCUUGUUAGUGAUUCUACUAGGAUUCCUGAUCGCAAGUCCCAGUCCAAAGAAAGCAGGGAAAAUCUUGAGACUUCGUGGCAAUGAUGCGCGGUAAGUAC